UUCUUUCCCCGAAAGAACUGCACAUAUGCGUACUGCUUACUUAAAUCUGCAAUCUACAGUUAGACGCCACCGCCACGGGUAGACAUCUUCUUCCAAAGGAGAUCGACGUUUGGUCUCACGCAGUGUAGCUCCAAGUCACAGCAAUGGCAUCUUUGUUCACAGGCCUUGCUAGGUUCCUUUGCCUCUUCAGCUUCUUUUGCAGCCUGCCACUAGCCAUCUGCGAUGAAUCCCAAAAUGAUAGACAGGCCCUGCUCUGCUUCAAGUCCCAGCUCUCCGGACCACCCGGAGUUUUGGCUUCAUGGAGUGACGCUUCCCGGGAAUUCUGCGACUGGCGUGGGGUCAUGUGCAGCGCAAUGCCGCCAUUGCGUGUCAUUGCACUGGACCUUGAAUCACAAGGCAUAUCAGGCUCCAUGUCGCCUUGCAUUGCCAACCUCACUUCGCUGGCGAGGCUCCACCUAUCAAACAACAGCUUCCACGGCGGCAUACCGUCCGAGCUCGGCCUCCUGACCCAACUCGCCGACCUCAACCUCAGCAUGAACGCUUUGCAAGGUAACAUCCCGUCUGAACUCUCUGCAUGUUCCCAGCUCCAGGUCCUGGGUUUGGGGAACAAUUCCCUCCAUGGAGAGAUUCCACCUAGCCUUAGUCAAUGCAAAUAUCUUCAAGAGAUUAACCUUAGCAACAACAAGCUCCAAGGGGGCAUCCCUUCUGCUUUUGGAAAUCUUCCUGAGCUGCGCAUACUAGUUCUCGCUAGUAACGGGCUCACCGGCAACAUGCCGCCAUCUCUGGGCAGCAGCCAUGUCCUCACGUACGUCGAUCUUGGGAGGAAUGCUCUCACAGGGGUCAUCCCAGAGUCCUUGGCAAAUAGUUCAGCUCUUCAGGUACUUAGACUCAUGGGAAAUAAUUUUACUGGAGAACUCCCCAAGGCUCUCUUCACCACCUCGUCGCUUAUUGCCAUUUGCCUCCAACAGAACAGUUUUGUUGGUUCAGUACCUCCUGUUACUGCCACAUCCCCCCCUGUUAAAUAUCUUGAUUUAAGGAACAACCAUCUUUCAGGAAGGAUACCUUUCUCAUUAGGGAACCUUUCCUCCCUAGUUCAUCUUCGUCUCACAGAUAAUCAGUUAGUUGGGAGCAUCCCAGAGAGCUUAGGCUACAUUCCAACACUGCAGAAACUGAGCUUGAGCGUAAACAACUUAUCUGGGCCAAUUCCACUGUCUCUCCUCAACAUGUCAUCCCUGAGAAUUCUUACCUUAUCGGAAAACUCAUUAAUCGGAAGAUUGCCAUUUGACAUAGGCUACACGCUCCCGAAUAUUCAGGCCUUGUUGCUCUCAAAGAACAAUUUUGAUGGCCCAAUCCCAGCCUCCCUCCUCAAAGCUUACCACCUAUACAUGCUUUACCUGAAUCAUAAUAGCUUUACUGGAUCCAUACCAUUCUUCGGUUCAUUGCCAAAUUUAGAGCAACUUGAUUUGGCACACAACAACCUAGAGGCAGGUGAUUGGGGAUUUGUCUCUUCACUCUCACAUUGUACUAGGUUAACUAAACUGAUGCUGGAUAGCAACAAUCUCCAAGGGAAACUGCCAAGUUCAAUCGGUAAUCUUUCCAAUAGUCUUCAGUGGUUGCUGCUAAGUAGCAACAACAUUUCUGGACCUAUACCAUCGGAGAUUGGUAACCUUAAGAGCCUCAACAUCUUGUACAUGAGUAACAACAGUCUCACUGGCAAUAUACCAGCAACACUUGGGAAUUUACAAAGUUUGGUUGAUCUAUCCCUUUCACAGAACAUGCUUUCAGGCCUAAUUCCAGAUAUUACUGGUAAUCUCGUCCAGUUGAGUAUGCUGGAAUUGGAUCACAACAACUUUAGUGGAAGGAUACCCGCAAGUCUAGCAAGAUGUACUCGACUCAAAAUACUCAAUCUUGCUCACAACUCACUGGAUGGGCCAAUACCAAGUAAGAUCUUCAAAAUCUCUACACUCUCUGAAGAGUUAGACUUGUCAUACAAUUAUUUGUCGGGAAGAAUGCCAGAGGAAGUUGGUAGCCUCAUUCAUCUGAAGAAAAUGAACAUGUCAAAUAACAGGCUGUCUGGCAACGUCCCGUCAACUCUCAGCCAGUGUGUGGAUCUGGAGUAUCUUGACAUGCAAAGCAAUUUCUUUGUAGGAAGCAUUCCACAGUCUAUUGCCAGAUUAUCCAGCUUAAAAAAUAUGGAUAUUUCUCAGAAUAAUUUAUCCGGACAAAUACCAGAGCCCCUCAAAUCCUUGAAAUCCCUCCAGUACCUCAAUUUAUCCUUCAACCAUUUUCAUGGUGAAGUUCCAAGAGGUGGUGUUUUCGACAUUGCUGGUGCAGUGUCAGUUGAAGGAAAUUAUCAUCUCUGUACAAGCAUUCCAACAGGAGGCAUGUCCCUUUGUUCUGCACUGGUUGACAAGAAAAGAAAACACAAGUCAUUGGUUCUGGUCCUAGCGAUUGUGUUGCCGAUUGUUGUUGUCACUAUAAUUAUUUUGUCAUGUAUUGUGGUAAUUUAUCGGAAGAAGAGAAUGCAAUCCAAUCCCCAUUUACAACAUGUCAACGAGCACAUAAAGAACGUAUCAUAUGAAGACGUUGUAAGGGCAACUGAUCGAUUCUCUUCUGCAAACUUAAUUGGUUCUGGAUCAUUUGGAAGGGUUUAUAAGGGCAGUCUCCAGUUUCAAGAUCAAGUUGCCAUCAAGAUUUUUGACCUUGACAUUUAUGGAGCACAUAGGAGCUUCAUAGCAGAGUGUGAAGCCCUUCGUAAUGUGCGCCAUCGAAAUCUUGUAAGAAUCAUUACUUCAUGCUCUUCAGUGGAUCAUACUGGGGCAGAUUUCAAGGCCCUAGUGUUCCCAUACAUGCCAAAUGGUAACCUAGAAAUGUGGCUACAUCCGGCGGAUCAUGAACAUGGUGAAAGAAAUACUCUGUCAUUAAGCCAAAGGAUUAAUGUAGCCUUGGAUGUAGCAUUUGCUUUGGAUUAUCUUCACAACCAGUGUGCAUCUCCAAUUAUACACUGCGACUUGAAGCCAAGCAAUAUUCUUUUGGGUCUUGAUAUGGCUGCAUACGUCAUCGACUUUGGCCUAGCAAAAUUUUUGUUCAGCGCACCAAAUGCACAUCAAGACAGAUCAAUAAGUGCCUGCCACCUAAAAGGAUCCAUAGGAUACAUUCCACCAGAGUACGGCAUGAGUGAACAGAUAUCAACCAAGGGUGAUGUCUACAGUUUUGGGGUGCUUCUGUUACAACUGAUAACAGGGUGCAGUCCAACUGAUGAUAAAUUCAGUGAUGGUAUAAGCCUUCAUGAAUUUGUUGAUAGAGCAUUUACAAAGAAUAUUCAUGAGGUUGUUGAUCCCACAAUGCUACAAGAUGACAUGAAUGCAGCUGACCUGAUGAAGAAUUGUGUUAUCCCACUGAUUGCAAUCGGCCUCUCUUGCUCCACGACACCACCAAAAGACCGGCCAGAUAUGGGACAAGUUUCUACUGAGAUCCUUAGAAUCAAGCACGCGGCCUCACAAAUGCGUGCCAGAUGAAGCAAACAUUUGGAAGAUGGCAACUUGCAACAGAAGCGCAUCUAAAGAAGAAAAGUGAUGUAACUACCUUACAGUGUUUUCCUUUUAGGAUUCAGUUACUGGCAUUUCCAAACAGUAAUAUUCUCUUGCUGCAAUAGCAUUUAAUGUAAUUUUUCUUUUAGUUUUAUUGAGUAGUAACUCUGUAAGCACCAUCCAAGGGAUUAAGGCUCAAAUGUCCAAUCAGAUUGAUUUAAAUGUUUUUAGAAGGUGAUUUGGGAUCCGAAAUGGGAAUCAAAGCUCGAAUCUGCACAUGAAUGCAAAUGCUGGUCCUAUGCGAGAUUUGGCAGGAAAGGAACAAGUGCACUUUCAGGGGCAAGAUCGCCUCCGCACACGAGUUUGUCACCGCAAUCAUACGAGCAAUGGAGCUAUGGCGCCCAGCCAGAGCAAACUGCAUUGAGCCCCCUUUUGGGGAACCUCCAUGAGAGAUUGUUAAUUCUCUGGCAGCCAAUAGGGCUGUACUUUUCUUUAUUUUCAGUUCAUUUCCUUUUCACCCUUGAUCUUAGGAGCCCCACCAUUUUAUCUUCCGUUGCUUCCUGCUAAUCAUCAAUCAGCCAGCAAUUUGCUGGAUCUUCCAAAAAAAAGACCGGUCAGAUAUGGGACAAGUUUCUACUGAGAUCCUUCGAAUCAAGCACGCGGCCUCACACAUGCGUGCCAGAUGAAGCAAAGAUUUGGAAGGAUGGCAGCCAGUGAAAGAAGUGCAUCCAAAGAAGUAAAGUGAUGUAACUACCUUACUGGUGCCCAGGCAAAAAAAACUUAUUGGUGGUUUCCUUUUGGAAUUCAGUUACUAGCAUUUCCAAACGUAUUACUGAUAUUCUCUUGCUGCAGUAGCAUUUCAUGUAAUUUUUCUCUAGGUCUGUUGUGUAGUAGUAUCUCUGUAAGCACCAUCGGAGGGAUAAAGCUCAACAGAUUUGCAUGCUUAAUGUCCAGUCAGAUUGAGUUAAAUGUUUUUACAAGAGUGAUUUUUGCUCCGAAUGGGAAUCAAAGCUCGAGUAUGCACAUGAAUUCGAACGAAAAAUAAAAUCCGCUACAAAGUAGUAACUCGAACCGAGUAGAUACAGAUUGGAUUUCGCCAAAUCCCCGCAGAAGAUGAAGCAGAUAGACAUAGCACACGC